GUACGGAAUUCCGAUUGCAUCCUCGGUUACUUGAUUGAUUGAUUGAUUGAUUGAUAGAUCUGGGUAUUGCAUUGGAUGUGUAAUAGAAGAUUGAAUACAGGGAGGGUGCAUGGAAUCAGCGGUGGGUUCAAAUCAAGCGGCGGAGUUCGACUACUUGUUCAAGCUGUUGAUGAUCGGCGACUCAGGCGUCGGCAAGAGCAGCCUACUCCUCAGCUUCACAUCCGACUCCUUUGAAGACCUUUCGCCCACCAUUGGUGUUGAUUUUAAGGUCAAAUAUGUUACUCUCGGAGGCAAAAAACUCAAGCUUGCAAUUUGGGAUACAGCUGGUCAAGAGAGGUUUAGAACCUUGACGAGUUCAUAUUACAGAGGUGCACAAGGGAUCAUUAUGGUUUACGAUGUAACGAGGCGAGAAACAUUUACAAACCUUUGUGAUGUAUGGGCCAAAGAAAUAGAACUCUAUUCAACAAAUCAAGACUGCAUCAAGAUGCUUGUUGGGAACAAAGUUGACAAGGAAAGCGACAGGGUUGUAACAAAGAAAGAGGGAAUAAAUUUUGCUAGGGAAUCUGGGUGCCUCUUUAUUGAGUGCAGUGCUAAAACUCGAGUUAAUGUGCAGCAGUGCUUCGAAGAGCUUGUUUUAAAGAUUCUGGAUACUCCUAGUCUCUUAGCCGAGGGUUCUAAAGGGGUGAAGAAGAAUAACAUCUUUAAGGAGAAACCGCCACAGUCCGAUGCAUCAACCAGCGGUUGUUGCUGAAGCUUACACACCUGUCUUAAGCAUUUCAGAUCUCUAAUUAGCACUAAAUUGGUCCCUCUGUCACUCAAGGAAUUACUCAUUGUAUGAAUUGCAAUUCACUUGUAAAAUAUAGCUUAUCUGAUUUCUUCCUCAUCUUUUUGGUUUCUUUUGGACUAAUUUAUGUGUACAAACAGAAUUAAAAUUAAUAUAUUGUCACAGGCCUGAAGAAUUACUGAUAUAAUACCAGCAUGAAGUAAAUAUAAGAAAAGAUUCUUCUCACUUUGAUGUAGCGUUCAACUUAAAUAUAUAUAUUUUAUUUUGGGGGGAAUAGGACAUUCUUUUUCAACUCAUUGCAUUUGAGUUUAAAUUCUUCCUUUUUUUUUUUCUGGUGCAUAUUAAAUAAUGAUAUCGUUUGUAAUUAUAAAAAGACGAGCAAAGAUCGAUGUCGCUAAUUUGGUAGCUGUCUUGUAAGUACUUGCACCGAAUAUCCAAAUCUAAGGAUCUGUUUGGAAGUGUCAAUAAAAUAACUAACAGUACUUACAAAUCACCAAAAGCAUUUAUGACCAUAUUUGUCAGAACAAAUUAGACGUACUUCUGGCUUCAAAAAAGCAAGAGAGCACUUGCAUUAGAAGUGGGCUUGCCCAAGCCUAGAAGUUCGCACGGCCCGUAUGUGUUGAGUAGCCUCAGCAUUUUGCUGGGCCACCCGUUUGUCAGC